AUGGACAAAAAAAAACCUAAAGUACCUCCAUCUUCCUAUUUAAUUUUUUGUAAUUAUGAAAGAGACAAUGUUAAAAACAGUUUGUUAGAAAAAUCUGAUAAAGCAACAAUAAAAAUAACUGAUAUUCAAAAAGAAUUAAGUAAUAAAUGGAAAGCCUUAUCUGAAGAAGAAAAAAAUAAAUAUGAAGAACAAGCUCAACUUUUAAAGUUAAAAUACAAUGAAGAAUUAUUAGAAUGGCAAAAUUAUCACAAAGAAGAUGCAUCAGAUUUUAUGAAUAUGAAUAACACUACUAAAUUCCCUAUUAUGAAAAUUCAGAAAAUUAUGCAUUUGAAUAAUAAUGUCAAAAAAAUUAAUCAUGAGGCUAUUAAUAUUUUUCAAAAAGCAAUAAUUAUGUUUUUAAUUGAAUUAGUUAAUAAAACCAUUGAAUUUAAAAAUGAAAAAAAUUCUUCUCGAUAUAUAACAUCUCUUGAUAUAAUAUCAUGCAUAAAAAGAGAAGGAAUAAAAUAUAAAUUUCUGGAAGAUUGCUUGUACUUAUUAAAAGAUGAAGGCAUGAAUACAUUUUUUCUUGAAGAAGAUGAUAAUGAAGAAUCAAUAUUUGAUUUAUGUGAAGAAGAUAAAAAAGAAUAUGAUUAUGAUAUAGAAGAAAAGAAAAUAAAUAAAAUGAAGAAAAAAGAAAAUAAAACAAAAGAAAAAAGUGCAAAAAAAAAUGUAUAUGCGGAUAUAACAACUUUUUUUAAAAGAAUGUAA